AUGAAUGCUGCUAUUAGGUCGAGAGAGAGGAAGAAAGCGUAUGUCAGAGAUCUGGAGGUGAAGGGCAAAUACCUUGAGGGGAAAUGUAGGAGACUUGGGAGGUUACUUCAGUGUGUUAUGGCUGAAAACCAAGCUCUGCGUUUUAGUUUGGAGAACAAUGCGUGUGGUGCUAGUGUGGCCAAGCAGGAGUCUGCCGUGCUCUCGGCAAGAUUUUGUGCUGAAGGUCAUCAAAUCUUUGAAGUCAUCGUGAGCCGUUUCAAGCUUUUGGUUCUUUCGUUUGUCAAAUUCCCUGCCGUUGGGUUCCCUAUUUUGGUUCCUAUGCAUCACUUGCCUAUUUACCCUGCCCCUGUCGCUCCUGUUGGCACCGGAAGCAGUGUUGCAGAAAAUGUAGGAAAGGGAAAUCCGAAACCUCUAGUAGCUCUAGAUCCUGUGGGGGUACAAACCCUCGACAAGAGCAGGAGAUACAAAGCAUCAAGGACGAAGAUGAAGGCGGGAUUUUUGCUGCCCCGAGUUUGGGCAUAG